GUAACAUUUCCUAUUAAAAAAAACACCAACCAUCAACUUGAAUACUUCUAAACCAAAAUCCUAAUAGAAAAUCAAGAGAAAAAUAAAAUAAAAUAAAAAAUAGGUGAUAUCUAGAAUAUGGAAUAUGUGGUUGUGUAACAACACAUCUUCUCCAUCCACCAUUCAUUUUAUCCAUCCAUCUUCUCUCUUCAUAUUAUUCAUUCAUUUCACCUCUCUUCUACUCUCUACUCCAAUGGCUGCCUUUACUCUCUCUCCUACAACUCCUACUCAGUUGCGAUCUGGUAACAAUGGGCCGUUCUUGCCGGCCCAAGGGCUGAUGGCAAAAUCUGCCGGAAAACCCCAAUUGGCGGGAAGAGAAAGAGGGAUGAAGGUGACGUGUCAGGCGGCGAGUAUUCCGGCUGAUCGGGUUCCAGAUAUGGAGAAGAGGAAACUUAUGAAUUUGUUGCUUCUUGGUGCUAUUGGUCUACCUACUACUGGGAUGUUGCUUCCUUAUACCUAUUUCUUUGUUCCACCUGGUUCAGGAGGUGGAGGCGGUGGUACCCCCGCAAAGGACGCGCUUGGUAACGAUAUUGUAGCAACUGAAUGGCUAAAGACCCAUGGACCGGGUGACCGAACCCUUUCUCAGGGUCUAAAGGGAGACCCGACAUACCUAGUGGUCGAGAAUGACAGGACCCUAGCGACAUAUGGAAUCAACGCGGUGUGCACCCAUUUGGGAUGUGUGGUGCCAUGGAACAAGGCAGAGAACAAGUUCAUGUGCCCAUGCCAUGGUUCUCAAUACAACAACCAAGGCAAAGUUGUUAGGGGUCCUGCUCCUCUGUCAUUGGCAUUGGCUCAUGCGGAUAUCGAUGAUGGGAGAGUGGUGUUUGUUCCAUGGGUGGAGACUGAUUUCAGAACCGGUGAGGCUCCAUGGUGGUCUUAGAAUCCUCAUCUUGCUUUGUUUGUUGGAGAAUCAAGAUAUGUACAAACCACUUCACGUUUUACUUUUGUAUCCAAUAAGUUUAUAAAUACGUUUUAUGCACACCAAUUAGAAAAUUUUAUUAAUAAUGUCA